GAAUAUAUCGUUAACAUAAAACGCAGUCAUUGUUCAAAUGGAUCUAAAAAUGUUUGUCAUAAUUUUGUUGCUUUUAUUUUCCAGCUAAAAUUAAAGACCAUUCCAUGAAAUGAUGUGAUUGUAAUUUUUAACUGUAUGACGUGGAAAAUAUUUAUUUGUUGUGGCAAGCAAUGGGUUAUUUUGUGUAAAUCAUUUUGUGCGCCAACACAUACGUAUGCAUGAAACGUGUUCAUUUUGGUAUUAAAGUUAUCCAAAACCAAUUCGAUAUCACAUUGAUUUAGAACGGUUUGGUUCAACUGUCUACCGAAAACUGCAUUCAAUUAAAUCUCUAAAUAACAAACAGCUGAAAUGGGCGCGUUACUUUCGCCAUUCGGCCCGAACAAAUAAUUACAAUAUUUAAAGACAAUCGAAGCAAAAAUUCCAUUUUAUUCUCAAUUGUGUGGAUUGUUCAGUGUAUGUGGGAAAAAAGUGUUCGCAAUCCAUGGUGUGUCGUAAAAUGUUUAAAUAAAAAAAGUUUCGUUCAAUGUGUCGUUUUGUUUGCGGUUCGGUUCGGUGUGCGGUUUCAAUAUUGUGCGCUCUGUCAGUGUGAGUUGUGUGUAUGUGUGUUGAGAGCGCGCGGCUGGUGCCCGUUUUUCUUUCGUACUUUUUUAGUACAUGGUUGUAUGUAGCUGCCGUGUACAUGUGUAUGUUGCUUUGGUUGACAUUUCGAAAAAAAAUGCAAACCGAAAACGAAGAACCGAAUGACACAAAGCAAUAUGGCGGAGCAUCGUACUAUUUUUUUCUGAGUGUAUGUGAAUUAGUUGGCCAUUAGCCGCCAUUAUGGCUUUUUGUAAACCACGCGAUUUAACAAAAGUUUGUCAAACAUUUUUUAAUAAUUGUGACUGAGUGAAUGAAAAAAUCAGAAUGGAUAACAAUUAGGGAGAUUUUAAAUAAUUUUGUGAUGGUCCAAAACGACCGUUCUGCGGACCACCAAAUAAAAAUAAUUUUUUUUUUUGAAAAUCAGUCUUGUGUUUAUAAAAAAAAGAGAUGAGAAGAAAGAACGAAAAGUGAGAAGAAAAAAAAAUCAUCCAGCUACUACGACUUCGCAAUUGAUUUUCGCGUAUAUCCCUGUACGAUACACAUCACUGUUAUACACAGGCAAGCAGCAGCAGCAGCAGCAGUAACAACAACAACAACAACAACAACAACAGCAACAACAACAACAACAACAACAACUGUAGGAACAUAAUAAGAACGAAACCAAACCUAAAAUACACACAAAAAUGUCGAAAUUAUCGUUUCGGGCGAGGGCCCUAGAUCCAUCAAAACCAUUAAAUAUUCAUAUUGCGGAGGAAUUGCCGGAUUUGACGGAAUAUUCGGCAAUUAACCGUGCUGUUCCACAAAUGCCCAGUGGCAUGGAAAAGGAAGAAGAAUCCGAACAUCAUUUACAGCGAGCAAUAUGUACCGGUUUAAUAAUUCCAACACCAGAAGUAUUCGACAUCGAUCAGGAAUUCUACGAUCGACUUUAUCCGGAAGAUUUCAAAGUUUCCCGUCAACUGAUCCGUAUGCAACCACUUGGUAUCGAACAAGAUAUACCUGAUUAUGACAUGGAUAGUGCUGAUGAGGCGUGGAUAAGUUCGCAGAAUCGCCGUUUUGAUUUGUCACCGCUAAAAUUUGAAGAGAUGAUGGAUCGAUUGGAGAAGAGUUCCGGCCAAACGGUUGUCACACUGAACGAAGCGAAAGCAUUACUCAAACAAGAUGACGAAAUUAGCAUAGCCGUGUACGAUUAUUGGCUGAACAAACGUCUUACCACGCAGCAUCCACUGAUAUUAACCAUUAAGACGGAGAAUCGAGCCGGUUCGGCGGUAAACAAUCCAUACAUAGCAUUUAGAAGGCGAACCGAAAAGAUGCAAACGCGUAAAAAUCGAAAGAACGACGAAACCUCAUAUGAGAAAAUGCUUAAAUUGAAAAGAAACCUUAGUCGGGCUGUGACGUUACUUGAGAUGAUCAAGCGGCGUGAGAAAACGAAGCGCGAACACGUUCAUCUGGGUAUCGAAAUAUUCGAAAAACGAUAUCAAGCUAAGGAUUUCAAUGGAUACCUGCUGAACGAGUACACAAACAAUGCAGUGAAAAACUCGAGAUCGGCGUUCGCACCAUUGUAUGGGAAUCAAUAUUCAGGGCAACAAUCAAAUCAAUACUGGUCGAAUUCGGGAUCGCAUUAUGGAUCAAGUGGGAAUGCAACAGGUAUGUCAUCGCUGCUCAAUAAGCACAGUAGCAAUGACGUUGACGGAACACUUCACAAUAAUAAUCGAAAAGAAAAACGGCAAUACAAAAAGCGGAAGCACAAAAACCAACGCGAAAAACAAGUGUCCGGUUCUACCAUCGAUCACUUGGCAUCAUCUGAUGAGGACGAGCCAAUCAUUAACCUUAAUAACCACUUAGGACACGACACCGAAAACGAGGGACUUUAUCCAUUUAGGCGAAGUAGCUCAUGUCAAUACAAUCGGCCUCUAAUUAAUGAUCACGGUCAUUGGCCAUGGGAGACAAAAAGUGAACAUAGUGCUAAGUACCGGUUUACCUUAACAUCAAUCAGGCACCCAAAGGUAAGAUGUAUAGGAUUUUCUCGUCGACGACGUGGUCGAGGAGGUCGAAUCGUAUUGGACCGGAUCUCGACGAAUAUGGAUGAAUUUUGGGCAAAUCUUGACUACACCAUUUAUUCCGGCAACACAAAGCUGACCGCUAAGGAGAUAUGCCGGCAACACGAGCUCAAAAAAUUGCAACAGCAAGAGAGCCUCGUCAAUGAUAAAUCGCAAAGUAUUGUCAUCGAUUUAGAGCCACCAGCAAAUACCCCGAAAUCAUCCGGAUCAUCUUCAUCAUUAUUUCCGGCAGCAGCCAGUGCUAGCAGUGAUGAUAAAAUGGAAAAUAUUGUGAUAAAAACAGAAGAAAAGACAGCAGCGACAGUGAUGAACGAGUGUCUAGAUUCAGUGAAUCGAACUAAAGCCAAUAAUAGCGCGGCAAAUCAAGCGGCAACGGCGACGGCGGCGUCAAUCAUUGGCAAACAUUUCGAUGUUAAGCGAAAUACAGAUGUAAAUACGGCAACGACGACAACGUUGGACGCAAUUACAAAUAGAAAUAAUGGAACUGUCAAUAUUAUAAAUACGGACAACAAUAAUAAUAGUGGAAAUAAUAGCAACAACAGUAGCAAAAAUAAUAGUAAUAGCACUAGUAAUACAAAUAAUCGCUUAAGCAACAUAAAUAAUAUGUUUAGACUGCCCUCGAAUGCAAAUGCAGCAGAUGUACGAAGGCAUUUCAAUUUAGCACACUCAUCGCCAUUUGGAUCAUCACCCUCAUCAUCCACGUCGGACAAUGUUGUUAUUGUUGACGCAUCGGAAAACACGUCCACAAACUUACAGCAAAGUAAUAAUAGUUUAAGUAGCAAAGCUUUUACAAAUCACAUAUCGGAGAGUGCGAACGAUCUGUCGACGACAUUACAAACGGACGACGAAAAAGCGGUUACGAAUCAGUUGUAUUCCGAGUUGUUUGGCGAUUGGCUACACUUUCGGCCAAAGACACCGGACGAUGAGCUCGACGUGUAUGGCAAUUUCGGUGAAGAAUUCCCACAAUUCACUGAAAAUGCAUCACUAUCGGUGGAUAUUCAACGAAUCACCGACUCUGACGGCUUAACGGAUCAAAAUACCACCGGCAGUGCUGCUGCAGCUCUAUCGGUGCCGAGCGACGCAACAACUGGAAAGUACUCACCAAAAUUGAUCUUCGAUCAAACCACAGAUAACACAUUCAAAACAAAUCCAUUCUCGUACGAAUACCUGCAAGCAAACACACCGAAAAUCGAAACCUAUCCAUUCGAUUCAACGUCAUCGCCUCGCUACGAUGACGAAUCAUCGGCCGACGAACUGAAUCUCAGUGGAGACAGUUUGCCUGGGUUAACGCUCAGUUUGGGUGACAAUGAAGCAAAUGACAAGGCGAUCGAUACGCUGCUGGAAGAAUGCAAUGUUUUCGACUCUGUUGAAGAUCUGAAAUCAAUCAAUCCGAAUGCAUUCUGGAAUGGUUUGCUGGAUGAAAAUGGAUCACUACUGGAUGUUAUCGAUAGUAAGAAGCAGUCGGCCGAUGGUGCGGCAACUGCAGCGGCCUCAACAACGAACUCUACCGAUCGAAAGCCCAUACGACGAAGAUCAUAUCCAAAUCAACGAAUUGGACACUCGGCAUUCAACGUGGUAAAUUUGCAUGAUGACGAAAGCGUAUUUGUCAAGGGCGAUCCAAAGGAUGGCACCAACGCAAAACCGGCUGGCCAAGCAUCCAACAGCGGCGCCAAUGCGGACAAUUCAAACGUUGGUGGCGACGCGUCAACGUCGGUGAAAAAGGAAUUGGAUGGAAUCGAACUGGUUGAUACAAGCGCAGUGCCAAACAAUACAAUGGAAAUUCAAAUUAAAGAUGAACCAAUCGAUGAAAUAAACACAUUGAAUGUAGACGAACAUAGUUUACACGUUCGACCAAUUGUUCCUGUGAUUAAGACUGAACUCGGAAACAAUGUGCCGAUUGUUUCAAAUGCUACAAUCCAACGGCCUAUAACCAUACAACAAACGACUCACCUACAGCAUCAAGCGCCGCAUCAACAAACCUUUGCCACAAAUGAUCAAACGCUGAUACUGUCAUCGAGACCGAUUCGUCGACUGACAACGAACGGACCUGCCGAUGGAAAAGCCGGUAUCCAACAUUUGCUGAUCAAUCGAAAAUUCCAAAUGAUAACGCCACGCUCAAUGGGCUUGGACGAUAAGGAGGAUGUCAAACCGAAAAUUAUCGAAGGUGCUUAUCUCAAGUUACCGCCCGAUUUUAAUGUUGUGUCAUCAAAUGCAAUGUCAUCGUUGAAUGCAUCGAAUGCGACAUCGAAGCACAACUACAGUUUGCCACCACAAGCAGCCUUCCAUCAGCCCAUCACCCUGAUCGGACAACCGCAACAGAGCCAAAAUAAAGUGAUCAUCAAUCCGUCGCAUUUGUCUACCAAUCUAGCGCUGGCCACACAAUCAAUGUCCGAUAAAAUUACCAUCCCAACGUCGAAUAUCAAACUGAAUUUGGUGCCAUCAUUGGCGCAAGUGAUGCAAUCCGGCGGUGGCUUGGUGAUUGAUGCAAAGAGUGGCACUGUUACCGGUGACAUGGGUCAAGCAUCACAAGGUGGAUUGGAGCAAACGAUAUCCGGUGCCACAUCGUCGACGUCAUCACCCAACGUAUCCCAGAUACACUAUCAACAACAGCAAAAGAUGGGACAGCCCAUGGAUCGAACUCGAAUCUUGUACACAAAUCUAAAGAACAAUCGUGCCAGUGCACAGUUUUUGACCCAAAUCAAUCCAAAAGUGGUCAACAUUGUGAACAUUCCACAUAAGGGCAAUGCAGGUGGCGGUGGUGUUCAGGGUCUGGUCAAUAAAACGAUCCAACGGGUGGUGGUGUCGUCAAGUCAAUCACAAAAUCAACAAUUGGCCACGGCAUUCCGACAAUCGCAAAUGCAAUCCGCCGCAAAUGCCAAUUCAGCUCAAACAAGCAAUGCAUUGUUGGGCACAAAUGCAGCCGGCAACACAGUAAUCAUAACAACAAGCUCAGCAUCCGAUGGAUCUUCCAUUAUUUUCAAUGAUAUGAAUACAACAUCCACAAUUGCAAACAGUAUUAACACGAAUAAUAGCAACCAAACGAUAAAUUUGGGUAAUUUAACUGUAACCGCCGCCAGUGAAAAAAUGAAUCACAACGAUGGCAAUGCGACUACCAUAAACAGAUGAGGAAAUUUGGCAACAAUUUUCAUCCGAAUUUUGAUUCGGUGCAUUAAACACACACACACACACAAACAAUAAAAACGAAGAAAGAAAGGAAAAAAACAAAAAAUUUAUACUUGGUAUAUAUAGACAUUUAGGCAGUUUGUACGCAGGAUGCGUGAGAUGGGAAGAGAGAGCGAGCGAGCAAGAAAGAGAGAGAAAGAGAGCGUGUGUGUGAAUAAUUAUAAAUAUUGCAAUGAGGUUUGUGUCAUCUGAAGAUCUCACGAUGAUCGCCAGCACACGAUUCAACGCAUACACACUAGCUAAAA